AUGAAGUCGAGUAUAUCAUACUGGAAAGUUGGGUAUUUCGGUUAUCUAUACGUUUUAUUUCCUUAUGAAAUUGGAUCAGAAAUGGCACAGACGUUUGACAUGAGACCGCAACGUCAGCGACUACUACAGAGAUACAAAGUUGAGGUAGAAUAG